AUGCGUAACACCUACGACCAGGCAGUUAGUGAUGCAGUCCAAAAGACGUUGAGAAUAGUGAUGCUGUGGCAAACGCUCUCGUCCAAUCUAGUCUCCGUGGAGGAGACACAAGCGAAACCCCGAAAGCAUCGUUCUCUCUUGCUUUGGUACCAUAACGCUCACCAGACGGAGCAAGUCAAGCAUAGUGGUGCCGAGCUACGAAAAUAUGUACAAGAAAUAAAGGACAAGAAGACAAAGCCGUGUGCAUGCAGUGGCAUGUCGAUAUCAAACAGCAAUUAG